AGAGCAGACUCCUUGUUCUGCACCUCAGCAUAAGGAAACAGCCCAGCAAUGCACAUCCCAUUCAUCACGACCCCAGAAAAGGUCAUCAUCGAGUGGUGUAAGUAAUGCUCCCAAAGAGACUCAGAAAAAGGAGAUGAACGCGAGCAUUACAUCAUUGAUGAAGAAAAAGAAAAAAGAAGAUGAACCUCCAACCAAGGAGGCAAAACUUAGAUUUCUGAAAAGGAUAGCCGUAUUCGAGAAGCCUGGAGUUUCGGAUUUUGACAGGCAAAUUAAAAGCUUACAAAAUAAGGAAUUGGUUGAGCAAGAACGGGCUAUUAUGAUGGUAGAUACAUAAACUGAUGGAAGGUGCGACAUUGACAUUUGAGGAAGCUCAAGAGAUCUAUUUUGAUACUAUGGAAAAAGCCAAGCUCGCCUACAAAUUCAAACUAGGCCAACCAUUGAUUGAAAGCAAAGAGCUUCCACGUUUGCCCUUACACAUGCGUGAUCUACAUCAAUAUUACAAGCUCGACAGUAGUACAGCAGGGAACAGUGGGUUCGAAGUGGUCAUCAAGGCUGACUCGGUUUUCCAUCAUCUAGAUGAAAUGUUGCACCAUGUCGAGUAUGAAGACUUGUUUCAGCUCUACCAGAGGCGCGACAUGGGUACCCAACUUAUGAUGUUGUGGUCUCUAAGAACGGCGGAAUUGUGUAAGACUGCGAAAAUAAAGGAUUUUGCCUUCUUGGACCCCUGCUUAGUCAAUGAGCUCAACAUCACAGGCAAAGGAUACGCUGACGUAAACGAUCUGUUCAAGAGGGUGAAAUGUUCGAUCGCAGGGUUCCUUGAAAAAGGGCAGACUGAAAUACUCCUAACCUACAACUGCUCUUUCCAUUUUGUCUUCGUGACUAUCGACUUUGAUUUCACACGUAUCGAGGUGUGGGACUCAAAGCAGAGGUCACUUGAUUAUGUCAAUGACCUAGUCAAUUUACUUAAUCGUGUCAAGGCCGAACUUGACAAAGAGAAGAAGAGUCACACCCCAUUUGUCGUUGCGUCUAGUUCCAUGCAAUGCCUUGAUCAACCGGAGGGCAGCAAUGAAUGCGGCUUAUACGCGAUGUGGGCAAUGCUCCGUCACAUUGGCAUCAAGAUGGAAGAGGGAAAUCAGGAUCGCAAGACACAUGGCCAUAACAAGCUCACUGAACAAGAGAUCAGAGGAUUUCAAGAAGAGAUAGCAAACUUCAUCCUGGAACACGUGGUUAGCGUUGAAGGGAAAUACUCCAUUGCAUGAACCAAGAGAUAUGGCGGAGAUUACACUCAAGAACUGGUGUCUAGACUGAUCAGCGUAAACCCACGAAACAAGAUGUCCCGCAACCUCUUCAAAGACUAGUGAACUUUAAUUUCGAUUUGUAUUGGGCCAUGUGAACUUUAAUGUCGCUUUGUGUGUCAAACUACAUUUUGGAGAACAUUGCAACAUUUGUAAUAUAUCUUGAUGGAUUUGUGGUGUA